CUGCGCCACUAAUUGUUCAUAUGGCCUAAAAGAGAAACAAAACAAGAUGGCGGCCUCCGGUGGUAAACAGUAUGGGCUCAUUUUGCCCCAGAAGAGUGCUUCAAAAUCUGCCCCUCUCAUACGACCUUCUAUUUUCGCAGACGACUCGGACGAUGAAACGUCUGUUGGGGAGAGCUUGCAGAAGGAGGCGAUCAAAAAGAAGAUGAUGAAGCAGACGCGACUCGAGAUGCAGAAGGCCCUGGAGGAGGACAGCAGCGUUUAUGACUAUGACAACGUGUACGAUGACAUCCAGAAGCAAAGGCUUGAGAGCAAUAAGAAGCUUCUGAGUGGCACAGACAAAAAGCCCAAGUACAUAACCCAGUUAAUGCGUGCCGUAGAAGAAAGGAAGAAGGAGCAAGAACGACGUGAUGACCGAAAGAUCCAGAAGGAGAGAGAGGCAGAGGGGGCACAGUUUGCUGAUAAAGAAGCGUAUGUGACCUCAGCCUACCGGCAGAAGCUCAAAGAGCGCCAGGAAGAGCUUGAGAGAGAGAAAAGAGCAGCAGAGAUUGAGGCUGCUUUGGACGUAAAGAAGCAGAAGGACCUGAGCGGAUUUUACAGACACUUUCUGAAUCAAACAGUCGGUGAAGAGCCUCUUCCUGAUCGCAGCGCAGACAGGCAAGAAAAAUCAAAAUCCCCAGUUAAAUCCUCGCCACCCCGAGCAAACGAGAGUGAGGCAGAAUUGAAUGAGGAACAGAGUCCGUCUAAAGCAGAGUUCAGCAAAAGCAGCACCAACAGCAGUCACUCCAAACGGCAAUACCGCCAGAGGUCUCCUUCGUCCGGCAGUGAAGGUGAAAGGAAGAAGGAGAAGAAACGAGAGAAAGACAAACGCAGUCACAGAGAGAGAGAAAGAGCCCGGUCGAGGGAUAGGGAAAGAGAAGACCGGGACGGCCACCGGAAAGAAAACCGCGACCACACGAGGGAGAAGGACCGACACCGGGAGAGAGACGGAGACAGAGGACGAGAACGAAGGGAUAGAGACAAAGACAGAGAAACAGAAGACAGACACAGCAAGAGGAACAGAGCAGACGGGGAACAGGACAGACCCAGAGAUCGAGAACAUGACAAAAAGGAACGAGAGAAGAAGGUGCAGGGAGACGGGAAAGAGAAAGACAAGGACACGCAGGUUCAACAGAACAAGGAUGAGACACAGGCUGAAAACGGCGCUCAAGCUAAAGCAGCCCAAGAGCCCAACAAAUUUGCGAAACGCAGCAGUGAACAGACUGUGAGCUCGGCCAGAGACAGAUAUCUGGCCCGACAGAUGGCUCGCUCGGCUGUAAAGACCUACGUUGAAAAAGAAGAUGAAUAAUGGCUAUAUGCUCAGCGACAGACUUCGCGGCAGAGAUAUUUGGAUGUUAGUAGCUAAAAAAAUUAAGAUGAACACAUCGAACCACCAUUGCUAAGAUAACGUUUUCAUAAAAUCACAUUUACAUUUUCCAAAUAUAAUCACAUUUGUCUUCACAUUUUUAGGGCUAAUGUAGCUCACAAGACUCUUACACAGAGUACACAAAGUUUUCAAUAAUUACGUAACAGUCUUUAUGAUUGCUGUUAAUGACGCUGACUCAAUUGUCACGUUCAUGGAAAAUAGAGAUUUCAAAUUUAAGUUAAGUCAAAUGAUAUUAUUUGAACACUUAGUUCAUGUGAUUUAUGAGCUCACUUCUAGUUAUGGCAGAAUUCAUCCAAAUUAAUAGAAACCUGGUAUCUGUUUCAUGAUCAUUUACACACUGAAUUGUUCAGUUUUCUAAGUUUAAAUAAAUCAUUCUGCAGCCCUAAACCGUUGCUG